AUGAGGACAGCAAGCUUAUUGGUCUUUCUGGUCUUUGCCAGAGGUAUUUUGGGGGCUACCUGCACCCAAGAUCAAUGUGCUGACGCUAUUACAUCAAUUGGUGAAAUCAACGUCGGUCUCCAAAGUCGUUCAUUAGAUUGCGCCAAGUUUAUAGCGACUAUUGUCACUCCCAAUGCUUCCAUUGCUUUGAUCACUACAAGUGCCAAAAUGGAAGAUUAUCCAUAUGUUCCUUCUCAAACAACAGCCGAUCAUGGUACAAUUCCUACUUAUGCAUCAUAUUGUACCGAUGCAGCUGCGUAUUCCUCUGCCUGUGAUUGUGCGGGAGUUACACCAUCAGCAGUCGUCGCUCCAACUCCAACUACCUACCUUUACGAUAAACUACCCCUUUGUCCUAAUCCGGCUUUGUGUGCACAAGGAUACAAUGAUGCUUCUUGUGGUGGUGGGGCAGGUAUUUGUAUACCUGGUGGAGGGAAUGAUGGUUCAGGUUUCUGUGUCGCUUCAGGAGCUUGCGGAAUUACCUGUGAAAACAAUUCGGAUUGUACAACUGGUAUCUGUCUUCGGGAUGUUUGUUGUGGUUCUACAUGUUAUAAUCCUUCGGUUCAACUCGUUACUACAUGGCCUCCUACUCCCAAUAAACUUGUCAAGAAAGACUUUAGUAAGUUUAAGGAUCUUUUCAGCAAGUUCAAUGGGGCAAAAUCGAAAUUAUUAGGCUCUUCGAAGAACAAGAUCUUGGGUACUCAUCUGCCUGAAAACCCUCAACCUACGAACUUUUUCAAAGGUGGAUUUUGAGAUGGAAUUAUUUAGAUUGUUGUGAUGUCGAAUGCCGUUCAAGCUGGAGUAGAUGGAACCUGGGUCAUUAUGGGAUAUGUAUUUCUUUCUGUUGAAGUUAUGAGGAGGGAUUGAAAAUGUUUGAUCUAUUUCUUUGCGCUCAAGUACAUGGCAUAUAUCACUGCGUCGUCGUUCUCUUCUUUACCAGACUCUUUCCAUCCAGAUUACAAGAAAAUACAAAAUUGAUACUUUCACAUGGAGA